CGUUUCUAGCGCUAAACAGUCGAAAUUGUCAGCUCGUUGAAAGAGCAUCGCAAAGCGCGUUCGCUCUAUACAUUUUUACACAUUCCGAGUGCUCCCUCACACACAGGGACAAGGAUAUAUCCUACACACACACAUUCGUUUAAUAUGGCUAAAAUAGUUAUCAGUGCUUUGUUGUGCCUGGCCAUGUUUGGCUCCAUGGUUGCAGCUGCCGCUGCUGGUGGUGCGUGUCGCGAGGCGAAUGGAACUGCUCCUGUUUCUGGCUCCUGCGAUGCCUAUAUCGAGUGCAAGAAUGGAGUGGCCGAGGAGAAGCUCUGCCCCGAUGGCCUCUUCUACAAUGAGAAAUCCACUGGCUAUCCCUGCGGCUAUCCCAUUGAUGUGGAGUGCUCUCAGGGACAGUCCCGUCUGCAGUCUGCUCAACCCACGGAGGAUUGUCCUCAUCAGUUUGGUUACUAUCGCAUGGGUGAUGCCAGCCACUGUGGACAGUUCAUGAAUUGUGCAUCGGGCAAGGGAUUUGUUUUCGAUUGUCCUGCGGGUCUGGCCUGGAAUCCGGCCACCUACAAAUGCGACUGGCCCGAUCAGGUUGAAGAAUGCGAUGCCGAGGCCUUCUUGGGCUUCAGCUGCCCGGCGCCAGCCUUCAAAUCGGAGCUGCUCGGCGAACAGGAGGCCGACUAUACCUUCCAUCCGUCACAGGACAACUGUCAAUUGUAUUUCAUCUGCAUUGAGGGACGUCCACGUCGUAUUGGCUGUGGCGAGGAUCAGGCCUUCAAUCAGGAGCUCAACCAGUGCGAUGACAUCGAAAAUGUCCCGAAUUGCAGCAGCGAAAUCAGGGAGAAGGGCGCCCAGAUCAAGGCGGCACGUGCCCAUGCCAGAAGCCAAAAGAACUAAAAGGAGAACUAAUCCCAUGCAACAAAUUGUAAAGCCAUGCAACAUGUGGCAUACGCGUUUGCUCGAGUUUUCUAGUCGAUAGUUAAAGAUCGUUUGACAGAUUUGAAUUGUAGCUUUUGUUUUUUUGCACAAAAAUAAAGUACGAAAAUUUGUUAAGAAAAAUGAAG